AUGGGUCAAGACAAAAGUAAGGGUGAAAACCCAUUAAAUAACAUUCGGGGACUUCAGAUAGCGCGUGUUUUACCACGCAGCCCUGCCCAUGCUGCUGGUCUAGUACCCUUCUUUGACAUUAUAACGGCUGUUGAACAAGUGGAGAUUGUGGACCCUUUCACGGCGUCUGAGCAGUUCAAGCUGUACAUCUCGCAGCGGGAGAAUCAGCGGGUGUGUUUCCGCGUGUACAAUCUGCGGAUCCGUGCGUACCGCGAUGUGUGGUGUGUGCCGAGCCGGACGUGGGGCGGCGGCGGGAUGCUCGGCUGCAGCAUCGAGUGGGCGGAGGGCGCCGGCUGCGGGGAGCGGAGUUGGCACGUCGUGGAGGUCCUCGCGGGCGGGCCGGCGGCGCGGGGGGGUUUGGUGGCCGGGCGGGACUACGUGAUUGGGAUGCAGCGGGCCGAGGAGCCGCUCGUGACGCUCCUGCGGGAUGAGGAGGACCUCCACAACCGCCUCGGGCUCUGGCGGGGCCUCCAGCGGGCCGCCCUCCAGCGCCUCCACCGCCGCCGCGGCCUCUCGCCCCCCGCCGCCGCCGCCGCCGCGCCUCCCCAACCGCGCGACGAGGACGUGUGGGUCGGGCGGCUCGUGGUGCUGGUGUAUGAUGCGGCCGCGAAUGAGGUGCGGGAGGCGGUGCUCGAAUUCGGCGAGGAUGUCGACGCCCCGCUCGGGAUGAAUCUCGCCUCAGAACUGCUGCACUCCCUCCUCAUCACAGGCGAUACAAACAUCAUCGCAGAAACAGAGGAAAAUGGCACACAAGAGGAGAAGGAGGACAACUGUGGUGGGAAUAAUAGUAAUAAUAGUAUUAGUAGUAGUAGUAGUAGUAGUAGUAGUAGUAGUAGUAAAGUAAAGAACAGGAGCGGAGCUAGUAAGGGACUACCAGUGAUGACGACUUUCCUGACACCAUCAGGAACUAUAGAGAGACUAGAGAGAUACUCACAAGAUGCUCCCAUAGCGUUAGUAGAAGAAGAAGUGAUCCAUACGGAGCAAGAUAAUCUCACACAACCUGCAAUCCCUCAAUCGAUACCAACGACAUAUACAACACCAAUGCCUUCUGUACAAAACGCUUUUCCACAACAAUCGCUUUCGCAGUUGCAGGCGAGGGAAACACAACCACAGGAUUUCCCAAAGGUAGUAGUAGAAACAGAACCUACUGUUCAAACUAAAAUUUCAAAUGGAAUUCAAGGACUUCGUAUGCCCCCACCAAUUCCUUUUACGGAUCGAUCAACUAUACCAAUUAUUUCACGGAGUCGCCCUACCACUACGUCUGGUGUCGUUGACGUACAUCAACCACAUCUACAGCCACAAGAAGUACAUCAACAAUCUCCAACAUUGACACAACAACAACAACAUCUGAAUCCAUACACACAGUCAAACGUAGUGACAGCAAUGGGAUCACCACCGACUUCGUACCGACAGGAGCCACAACCACAACAGGUUGCUGCCAAGGCCAGUUUCAGUAACAAGGAAGAAAAUAGUUCUGUCGCCCAGAAUACAUCAGGAGGUAUACACUCUGCCUUUAACCCAACUGCCCAGUCUUCGCUGGGUCCCCCAAAGUUACCCCCACCGCUUCAUUUUCCGAUCAUACGUCCACAAUCACCAACGAAAUAA